AUGCUUCACAAGAUGAAACAGCCUCCCAAGAGUUUUGAGGAUUUUGUGGCUCCACAUUUUUUCGGCCUUGGAGAGUCCAUGUUAGCAGAUAUUACAACAUAUACAAAUGGUGACGCAAUCCUUGUUCAAUACACGAAGGAAGCUAUAGUUGGACCAACAGUUUUGAUAGCUUCUAAUCUUGGGGAUUCCAAAAAAUUCGAAUCUAAUAUGUCAAAAAUCCUUUCUGAUUUCAAGUCGGCCUUGCGUACGCCCAACCAUUCUAUAAAAUUUCUCAAAACGGGAAAUAAGAGUGUCAAGAGGGGAAAGAAGAAU